AUGUCAUUGUCAUCAUUUAAAGUGGAGACUCGAUCCCAUGUUGAUGUUAUUUUUCCUUUGAGGAAGUAUGGUGAUAUUGGGCCUGGUGUUGAUAUCACUGAGGCUUUGAACGAAGAAUGGAAUGACACAUGUGCAUCUUUUCGUCCAAGUGCGGUGAUAAUUCCAAGAGGAAUAUUUAAAGUAAGUGAAGUAAAAUUUAAAGGUCCUUGUAAGAGCCCUAUUGAAAUUCGACUUCGAGGAACAUUGCAAGCUCCAAAACACCCCCAAGGGGAUAGUUGGAUUACUUUUGCAUAUGUUGAUAGAUUAACACUAUCAGGUGAAGGAGUUUUUUAUGGUAAAGGAAAGGCAGGUUGGGAAAAGAAUGAUUGCCAUAAAAACAUAAAUUGUGCUGAUCUCCCUAUUAGUUCAAGGUUCAACUUCAUUACCAAUUCAAUUGUGAAGAGAAUAACAUCACUUGAUAGCAAGAACUUCCAUAUCAACAUCCUAGGAUGCAACAACCUCACAUUCCAUGGUGUCAACAUAAUUGCACCAGAAAAUAGUCUCAACACAGAUGGAAUACACAUUGGUCGAUCGAUUGGGAUCUCAAUCAUAAAGUCUCGAAUCGCAACAGGAGAUGGAAGCAAACGAGUAAAAGUCACUAACGUGACAUGCGGGCCUGGACAUGGAAUAAGCAUAGGAAGUCUUGGGAAAUACACUAAUGAAGAACCCGUUGAAGGUGUUGUAGUGAAGAACUGCACCAUAAUGAACACCACUAAUGGUGUUAGGAUCAAAACAUGGCCAGCCUCUCCCGUUGCCGGCACUGCCACCAAUAUGCAUUUUUCAGACAUUAUAAUGGUCAACGUUAGCAUCCCAAUUCUCAUAGACCAAGAGUACUGCCCAUGGAAUCAAUGCAAUCGCAAGAUUCCGUCAAAGAUUAAGAUUAGUAAAGUGAGUUUCAAGAAUAUUAUAGGAACUUCUGCAACUCCAAUGGCGGUCAAACUUGUUUGCAGUAGCGACUUACCAUGUGACGAAGUAAAAAUAACCAACAUUGACCUUGUUUAUAAUGGAAAAGAAGGUCCCAUUACAUCUCAAUGUAGAAAUGUGAGACCCAUCAUUUUGGGAAUACAAAAUCCUCAAACUUGCUCAUCCCCUUAUGUUUUUCCAUGA